AUGCAAUUUACCAUCAAACAGGCAAGGGAUGAUAUCAUUUGCUGGAAAGCGCAUCAGCUACGUUCAGUCCACCAAGCUGAGGCGAAGCAUUCAGUUUUAGCCAAACUCGACAGCCGAUCGGUGUUGUUAGUCCAGGACUGGGCAAUGAAAUAUAUGCCCCGAAAAUAUCGAGAGGCACAGUCAGAUUGGUUUGCGAAGCGAGGAUUGCCAUGGCACAUUAGCGUUGCCAUAAGACGGUCAGAGGGUUCUGAGCACUUUGAAUCGCAGACACCUGUUCACGUAUUUCAAAGCUGUGCCCAAGACAGUGUGACUGUGGCUUCGAUAAUGCUUGACUGCCUCACUACCCUGAAAAAGGAAAUUCCAGAGCUGGAAAUGGCUUAUUUACAAACAAGAUAA